AUGCGGCCCGCCCAGACAGCGCUCUGCCUGCGCCUGGCCUUGGCCCUGGGCCUGGGCCUCGUCGGCCCCCUGGCUGUGGGGUGGGUCUCGGCCCGGGCCCCCAUCUAUGUCAGCAGCUGGGCCGUGCGGGUGCCCCAGGGGAACCUGGAGGCCGAGCGCCUGGCGCGCAAGUUCGGCUUCAUCAACCUGGGGCAGAUCUUCUCUGAUGGGCAGUACUUCCACCUGCGGCACCGGGGUGUGACCCAGCGGUCCCUGAACCCACACUGGGGCCACCGCCUGCGCCUGAAGAAAGACCCCCAGGUGCGGUGGUUUGAGCAGCAGACACUGCGGCGACGGGUGAAGCGCUCCCUGGUCAUGCCCACGGACCCCUGGUUCCCCAAGCAGUGGUACAUGAACAACGAGGUACAGCCGGACCUGAAUGUCCUGCAGGUGUGGGGCCAGGGACUGACCGGCCAGGGCAUCGUCAUCUCUGUCCUGGAUGACGGGAUCGAGAAGGAUCACCCGGACCUCUGGGCCAACUAUGACCCCUUGGCCAGCUAUGACUUUAACGACUAUGAUCCAGACCCCCAGCCAAGAUACACACCCAGUAAUGAGAACCGACACGGGACCCGCUGUGCCGGGGAGGUGGCUGCCAUCGCCAACAAUGGGUUCUGUGGCAUCGGCAUUGCCUACAACGCCCGGAUCGGAGGGGUGCGCAUGCUGGACGGCACCAUCACCGAUGUCAUUGAGGCCCAGUCGCUGAGCCUGCAGCCGCAGCACAUCCACAUCUACAGCGCCAGCUGGGGCCCCGAGGACGACGGCCGGACGGUGGAUGGGCCAGGCAUCCUCACCCGGGAGGCCUUCAGGCGCGGUGUAACCAAGGGCCGCAGUGGGCGGGGCACCCUGUUCGUCUGGGCAUCUGGCAAUGGCGGGUUGCACUACGACAACUGCAACUGCGACGGCUACACCAACAGCAUCCACACGCUGUCUGUGGGCAGCGCCACGCAGCAGGGCCUGGUGCCCUGGUACAGCGAGGCCUGCGCCUCCACGCUCACCACCACCUACAGCAGCGGAGUGGUCUCCGACCCCCAGAUCGUCACCACAGACUUGCACCACCAAUGCACGGACAAGCACACGGGGACAUCAGCCUCGGCCCCGCUAGCUGCAGGCAUGAUCGCCCUGGCACUGGAGGCCAACCCACUCCUGACAUGGAGGGACAUGCAGCACCUGGUGGUCCGCGCAUCCAAGCCAGCGCAUCUGCACGCAGAGGACUGGAGGACCAAUGGCGUGGGUCGUCAAGUGAGCCACCACUACGGCUAUGGGCUGCUGGACGCUGGGCUGCUGGUGGACCUGGCCCGAACCUGGCAGCCCACGCGGCCCCAGCAGAAAUGCACGGUCAGCGUCGUGUACACCCCCACCACCAUCACGCCCCUAAUGCGGGUGCCCACGAACGUGUCGGCCUGCAUGGGCCUCCCCAACUCGGUCCGCUCGCUGGAGCAUGUGCAGGUGCGGCUGUCGCUGUCCUACAGCCGCCGUGGUGACUUGGAGAUUUCCCUCACCAGCCCCAUGGGCACUCACUCCACACUCGUGGCUGUCAGGGACGCUGUACCACUACACCCUGCUGCUCUACGGGACGGCAGAGGACAUGACGGCACGGCCCAUAGGCCCCCAGGUGACCAGCAGCGUGUGCGUGCGGCGGGACACAGAGGGGCUGUGCCAGGGUGA